CCACCACCACCACACAAAGAGUGUAUGAAAAUAUGGCUAAACUAGAGAAAGUGUCUCUCAACAUUAUUCAUCAUCUAUGGCUCUUCUUCCCUCUCCUCUCAGAACUCUCUUCCAUAAUAUCUCAUCCCAACGGUUUCUUCCAAACCCCAUCAUCACUCUUAAUCAUACACUCACUCCCUCAAAGGAGAUUAUGCACCUGAACCACAGUAGAAGCAGCAACUCCAUGGCCUUGGCUGUUUCCUACAGAUAUUUCACUGAGGAGGGAGAAGAGGAUGAAGAGGACCACAACUUUGAUGAAGCUGUGGCUCUCUUCAAUGGUGGAGAGUACUAUAAAUGCCAUGACUAUCUUGAAGCUCUUUGGCACAAUGCCGAAGACCCUACCAGGACAUUGAUUCAUGGAAUACUCCAAUGUGCAGUUGGUUUUCAUCAUCUCUUCAACCAGAAUCACAGAGGAGCAAUGAUGCAGUUAGGAGAAGGACUAUGUAAGCUGAGAAAGAUGGAGUUCUCAAAUGGUCCAUUUCAAAAGUUUGAGAGGGAGAUCUCUGCUGUGUUGGACUUUAUCUACCAGACACAGAUUGAAUUAGCAGCAUGUAGUGAGGAUAUGUGUGUUGCAAUGGAUCAAACAGAAAGAUCAUACCAACUUCUUGGGGAAUAUGCUGCAGGGCAGCGUGUAUAUGAUCUGGAACUUGGUCAUGAUGCAAUAGUUUACAUUGUGUUCUGCCCUCAAGGAUCUUAUGGCAUCACUGAAGCCCCGAGGGUAAAGCUUCCUACACUUAAGGCUACUACUGAACAUCUAAUGGCCUAUGAAUACUAGGAUACGUUUUCACAUGAUCAAUCUUGUGGCUCAAGGCACAUGCAAGAUUUGUUCUUGACUCUAUAUUAGAGAAUAUGCUAUCUCACUUGCCAAGGAAUCCCCCUUUGCAAAUAUUCAUCAUAGAAUUCUGAAUUCUAAUACCAAGACACUGUUAGUUGAA